GGGAGGGGGUUUGUAGAACCGUCUCGCCUACUGCUUCAGUCAACUGCUGAUGUAGACGCGGUAACAAACAAGGGGCGAUCAGCGCUUCAUUUCGCUGCGAAAGGGCCGCACCCGGCGAUGGUGAGGCUUCUUCUGCAGGCCGGAGCGGAUUGUAAUCUAGUUGAUGGCGAUGGGGUCUCUCCGCUGGCACUCGCAGUACGAAGUGGAUGCAUCACGAGCAUAGCUUACUUACUGUCAUAUGGGGCGGACACACGCACACUACCGUCGAUGAAGACAGACAACAAGAAUGAACGAAAAGCAGAGCACAAAUUCACGGCGUCGUCGGUAUUGGGCGAACUCAACAAUGCGCCGUCCCUGUCGUCUUCUCUCCGCUGCGCUCGGUUGCUGGUAGCGCAUGGGGUUGGGACGUGGUCACACAUGCCAGGCACCAUUCAAUCCCACCUCAUAAAAGAAGGUACGUAA